AUGGACCGCGAGGAGGCGUCGCGUCGCGGCGCCGCCGUCGCGGACGCGGACCUGCGCCCGUCCGCGCGCGCGCAUUCGCCGGUCGGCGAGGUCCCCAGAAGCGUCGCGACGGAGGCGGGCGGCGAGACGGGCGGCGGCAGCGACCGCGCCCUCGCGAAGGUGUCGCUCAAGGGGAUGCGAUACGCCGACCUCGAGCGAUGGCUCGCGGAGAUCGGGGAGAAGCCGUCGCGCGCGACGCAGGUGUUCAACUGGAUGUACCGCCCGGGCAAGCUCGUCGCGGACGUGCGCGACAUGGCGGACGUGAGCGCGGCGUUCCGAGAGAAGCUCGCGUCGCUCGCGACCGUGGACGGGGACUUGGAGAUGCGCGACGUGCGGACGAGCGCGGACGGCACGAAAAAGGUGACGUACGCGCUGGCGAACGGCGGCGGCGUCGUCGAGAGCGUGAUCAUCCCGAGCAACGUCCCGGGCGGGCGGACGACCGUGUGCGUGUCCUCGCAGCUCGGGUGCGCGAUGAAUUGCCAGUUUUGUUUCACCGCGAAGAUGGGGUUAAGGAGGAACCUGACGGCGGCGCAGAUCGUGGAGCAAGUCGUCCACGCGCGGCGGCUCGCGGAGGCGGAUGACGAAGCGUCGUCCAACGUCGUCUUCAUGGGCAUGGGCGAGCCGCUGCAUAACAUCGACGCGGUGCUCGCCGCGGUUGACGUGUUGCUCGACGAUCGCGGGCUCGGCUUUUCGAAGAACAAGGUCACCGUGUCCACGUCCGGCUUAGUCCCGGAGAUCGAGCGGUACCUCGCGGAGUCGCAAGGGAGCCUCGCGGUGUCGCUGAACGCGACGACGGACGAGAUUCGAAGCUGGAUCAUGCCGAUCAACAGGAAGUAUAACCUGGAGCGGCUCCUCGGCGCGUUGCGGGCCAACUUUCCGAGGCGCGACGGCGGCCGGCAUCAGCGGGAGGUCUUCUUCGAGUACAUCAUGCUCGAGGGCGUGAACGACAGCGCGGAGGACGCGGACCGUCUCGUCGCGAUCGCGCGCACGCUGCCGUGUAAGUUUAACCUGAUUUACUUCAACACGCACGACGGCAGCGAGUUCAGGUGCAGCGACCGGGAGACCAUCUUGGCGUUUCGGGAUCGCGUCGUCGCCGCGGGCGUCACGUGCACGAUUCGGCAGAGCCGCGGCGACGAGGAAGCCGCCGCGUGCGGGCAGCUCGGGUCGCCGGACGCGAUGGAGGACUGGAAGCCUUCGCCGCCGCGGAUGAAGAGACCCAAGCGCCUCCGCGAGAUGGAGAUGGAGGCGCAGUAG